UCGUAUUCUGCCCAGAAUCACAAGAAAUCAUGUCCAGGUCUUUUUACGUUGACUCUCUGAUCGUCAAGGACACGGCGAGAACGGAGCAUACGGCGCAGGACUUCUUUAUCCCUAUCAGCAUGCACACCCCAGGUGUGAUGGGUGUCCCCGCGCCCGUGUGUCCAUCCCGGAAAAGCGGCACCUUUUGCGUAUGUCCGCUGUGUGUCGCCUCACAUGUGCACUCUCCCCGGGCUGGCCUGCCGCUCCUGAAGGCUCCAGGAUUCCCAAGCGCAGAUGCAUCAUACUGCCAACGACUUACUCAGCAACACAACUCCGCACUGGCGCAUCCGGGGCAUGCUGUCUGCACACCCCCCACCUACAGCGUCACUGACCCGCGGAGGUACCACUGUCUGUCCAUAGGUGCGUCAGACAACGGUCACGGUCACAACGGCAAGCGCAUGCGCACGGCCUUCACUAGCACACAGCUCCUGGAACUUGAGCGUGAGUUCUCCUCCAACAUGUACCUGUCGCGCCUGCGCAGGAUCGAGAUCGCCACCUACCUCAACUUGUCAGAGAAACAGGUGAAGAUCUGGUUCCAGAACCGGCGCGUCAAACACAAGAAGGAGGGCAAAGGGUCGCAGCGGAGUUUGCACUCGGGCUGCAAGUGUUCUGGAAGCCAUGCACCCUACCCACGAUCAGAGGAUGAGGAAUCCCUGUCUCCAGCCUCAACCAUGGAGGAAAAAGAUCUUUAGACCGCUUAACAGCAAGAGAGACUAAUACAUUCUUAAUGAUCACGAUAUAGAACUGUAACUAGCACUUAGUCUUCCGAAAUUCGGUGUUUUCAGAAGACAGUACAUAGAUGUAGUGGUUGUUCACUAUCCUCUCUUAAAACGUACAGCAAGUGUAAGACUCCCCAGUGUGAUGUAAAUACCCAAUUUGUUAAAAUAAUUCUCACAGUAUUAGUGUCCAUCUGGACUUAUGGUCUGCAUUCAACAGUGAGGAGCUGUUUGGGUUUACUACAAUAGUGCUGCUUUUUUUGUGUAUAUUCCAUGUGUGAAACAACCUGACAGUCCUUCAAUCCAUAGAUGUAAUACAUUUUUAUUCCAUUUGCGCAGUCUAUUGCGCGCUGUAAAUAGUCAGUGGGGUUUUAAGCCUGUGUUGUAUGAAUGAAAAGUUGUGAUUAUUUUGUUUACACGGAUGUUAAUAAUAAGCAAAAUGUGUAUUUAUUUAAAUAAAACACAGGUA